AUGUGCCGCCAAUUCCUCACUCUCUACGACUGGUGCCAGUGCGAAGAAGACGCCGGCCAAAAGACCUGCGGCGUUGGCAAGCCGAACGCCGACUGUGCUGGUAUCGAAUAUGAGACCGCGCGCAUGCAGUGUUUCUGCAACAACCACGCAACGAAAAAGUUCAUGACUGAGAAGAAGCACAAGCGCAAGCAGAGCCGCUCGUCCACGGCGUCUUCAAGCUCCACGAGUAGUGUCUCUUUCCGCAGCUCGCGCUACUCAGAUGUCAGUCUUGACCAGGAGAAGGGUCCCGGGCAGGCUCCGGUUCAGAGGAGGAGGUGGUACCGAUUAUGGUCGCGGGGGUCUACCUUCUAA